AAGGUCGCGCGCACACAGACACACACAAAAAAGAAAAAGCCCGAGCUCCCAGUUAGCAUCAGAAAGUAGUGGAAUCCGUGUGCAGGCGAGCACAUGAACUCUAAGGCCUCCCUUUAUAUCAAAGGGUGAAAUAUAAACAUGGCAGCAGAAACCAAGAAUUGUUCUCUAGUUGUUCAAAAGCAAAAUGCACUGAAAACAUCAGUAAAAGAAAGGAUGAAGAAAAUUGAGGAUCCGGUAUCAAGCACCUUUAAUCAAAAGCAAACACUGAAAGUUACAAAUGAACAAAAUACCCCUUCUUCACACAAUAAUGCUGUCAGGCCGGCAUCUAAAGGAACUCCUCGUUUUGGGAUGUUGAGCCAUCACUCCUUCUUCUCAAGACACAAUCCUCAUCCUCACCGUGUUACACACAUUCAAGGUCUCAAUGGGAACCCUGUCUGCAUCGUAAAUGACGACUGGUAUAACUCUUCACCUCUGUCUCCUCACCCUUUAAUCAAAAGUCAGCUUGCUAUGACAGUGUUGGGAGUGCCAGGGCUGAAGUUGCCCUAUGGAGAUGGCUAUGGAAAUAAUAGCCUACAGCAGGGAACAGCUUUGAUAUCAGAAGCCUGGAGGGAAGAGCUAAGAGAAUUAGCAGCCAAAGUUUGCACUUCCAGACCUCAAGCAAAGGAAGACAACAAAUUAGCAGAGGAGGUGCGCAGAAGCACACAAUAUUCAGUAAAGACGGGAAGAAUAAUUCCACCUUCCUCUCAUGCAUCAAGUCGUCAUUCAUCCCAAAAAAGGCGAUCCAGAGUCAACGACCAUGCACCAUCUCCAGCUUUUUAUGAUCAGGAACUAAUAGUUUUAGAACUGCUCUGCCAAAUUCUGCAAACUGAUUCUUUAACUAAUGUUCAACAAUGGCUUCUAUCAGCUGGCCAGCGAGAAAAAGAUCUGAUUAUGGGGAUGAUUCAGUCAGCAAUUGGCAACUUUCACUUUAACAAUCCGUUUGUGACUGAGAACCAAGAGGGUCGGUUUCACACACAGGCAUCUCCACCAGCCCGGACAUCUUUUGGGCAGUUGUCAACUGGGAACAGUGAAAGCAAGAAAUAUUCCACCAGAUUCUACCACGAAAAAAAACCUGCACCCAUUGCAGAAGAAGAAAGACCAGUUCAUAUAGGAACAGCAGAGGUUCUUCAAGUUCACAAUGAGGCAGCAGUGAGCGGCACUGAAACUCAACAUGAAGCUUCUGCAGAAUCAAAAGAAAACAGAAUGUAACACAAUUCCAUGUGCAGGAGGGUCUGCAGUGCCCACGUAAAACGAGAGAGUGUGUGUGUGUGUGUGUGUGCCAUGCAGGCUUCAAGCACAGAUGUGUGAUAAAGUCAGUCUCCAGACAGGCAAGGCCCCGGUAUCACAUUUAGUCUCAUCAGAGGUAACUACACAGUCAUUCAGGGUUACACA